ACCAACACCAAAGAGAAGACGAGCAAGAUGAUAAUCCCAGUUCGUUGCUUCACAUGUGGGAAGGUUAUAGGUAACAAAUGGGACACCUACCUUGAUCUUCUCCAGGCCGACUAUACUGAAGGCGAUGCUCUUGAUGCUUUGGGAUUGGUUCGAUAUUGUUGUAGGAGAAUGCUUAUGACUCAUGUUGAUCUCAUUGAGAAGCUUCUGAACUACAACUCACUGGAGAAGUCCGGGGCCAGUUGAGGAAAGUAGGAAACAUGUGGAACUUACCCUGCAAUGCCAUGUUUCAGUUAUGCGUCCGAAAAACAGUCUUCCUCUCA